AUGCUAAUGAGCUCACAACGGGCGCCCGGUAUAUCAUGCCGCUACACCAGCGCACUCAACACAGUACUGAACAAAACCGCCCCACAUAACCACAACAUGUCGCGCUACGUCUUUCUCAUAACUAUCCUGCUGCCGAUAUUUUUACAAUACGGGGGCCUGGGAAUUGCAGCGCCAGCGCCCGCGCCCGAACCCGACCCGUUUUUCAACUCGUUCCUGUCCUUGUUCAACCCUAGCGCGGUGACAAAUGGCACAUCAGCAUUGAACGCCCUGGCUCUGUCGCAUAUCAAUCACCAGCUCAGCGCGCUCUCGUCGCUCGGGACCAUCCUCGGCGGUGGUGGGUUUAACUUCACAGACUCCAUGUUCGGAUGA